AAAAAAAUGCCCAACUUUGCAGGCACCUGGAAAAUGAAGAGCAGUGAGAAUUUCGACGAACUUCUUAAAGCCUUGGGCGUGAACGCCAUGCUGAGGAAGGUGGCUUGUGCGGCCGCUGCCAAGCCCCACGUGGAGAUCCGUCAGGAUGGUGAGCAGUUCUACAUCAAGACCUCCACCUCUGUACGCACCACCGAGAUCAACUUCCGAAUUGGGGAGGAGUUUGAUGAGGAGACGGUGGAUGGUAGGAAGUGCAAGAGCCUGGCUACCUGGGAAACUGAGAAUAAGAUGCAUUGCAAGCAGACCCUGGUGGAUGGGGAUGGACCUGUGACAUAUUGGACAAGAGAGUUAUGUGGUGAUGAAUUAAUAUUGACAUUUGGGGCAGAUGAUGUGGUUUGCACCCGGAUUUAUGUGCGAGAAUGA